AUGGCGCCAACGCUAUACCCCCGCGCCACGCUCAAGAAGAUCGUCAAAGCGCACGCCAACCGCCCGCUGAGCAGGAACGUCGACAUCCUGAUCUACCUCAACUACAUGCUCUUCGUGCAGGAGCUCAUGCGCGAAGCAGGCAUCAGGGCGAAGAUGGCGGGCGAGCGUGGUGUGAGCGCCAAGGGUAUUAGGAGGGUGAGGGAGGGGUGCUUGAGGAGGGCUAAGGGAUGA